GACUUGUCCAUUUUCAGUAUUUUUAAUUUCAAAAUGUAUGCCACAUGUUCACAACCCAAUAUUGAAUUCCUCCACUUUUUUUUUUCGAUUUUUUAUUUUCCAUCCCAUAUUUGAUAUCUACGUUGGAGUCCUAACUAAUCUGAACCACUCAUUGCAGGGUUGUUCUAAGGGUGGUGUUCUCAACAGAAUUUUCUUCAUAUUUAAAACUCGAACCCCAAAUUUCUGAUUAAUAAUUAAAUAGUCUCACCACUACAUCACAACCCAUGUUGGUGAUUCCUCCCUAUUAUUAUUAUUAUUAUUAUUAUUAUUAUUAUUAUUAUUAUUAUUAUUGAUAAAAUAGGAAACUAGAUCAUUUUUCAAAGUUCAAGCAAAAGUUCACAUCUAUCCAGAUAUAUUUAUCAAUAAUUCCAUCGAAUGCUCCCAUCUUUCGGCAAAAAUCGUUUGUGUGUUUGAGAGAGAGACAUAAUGGAUUACUAUACACUUGUGUUGGGAUUCACUUUUGUCUUGAGUUAUCUUUAUGUCAUAGCCAAAAUAUGUGGUAGAGGAAGCAAAAAACUUCCACCAGGUCCAUCACCAUGGCCAAUUAUUGGAAAUCUUCACUUUUUAGGUGAAAAACCCCAUGUAUCACUAGCCAAUCUUGCUAAAAGCUAUGGACCAAUUAUGAGUUUAAAACUGGGCCAAAUAACAACAGUGGUCAUUUCUUCAUCGACCAUUGCAAAAAAAGUACUUAAGAAUCAAGAUCAAGCUUUUUCUACGUCUAGAUUUGUCCCUGAUGCCACUCACGCACACAACCAUUACCAAUUCUCUGUUGCAUGGCUUCCUGUUUGUCCUCAAUGGCGAACUCUUCGGAGAAUCUUGAACACCAACCUCUUCUCCUCAAAUAGGCUUGAUGCAAAUCAACAUCUGAGGUCUCAAAAGGUGAAAGAAUUGAUUGCUUAUUGUGACAAAUGUAGUCAAGAAGGUAAAGCUUUGGAUGUAAGUCAAGUUGCUUUCAAGACCAGUCUUAACUUGUUGUCCAACACCCUUUUCUCCAAGAACUUGGCUGACCCUUUUUCGAAUUCAAAGGUAGAGUUGAAGGAGGUUAUUUGGAAAAUCAUGGUUGAGGUAGGAAAACCUAACCUAGUGGAUUAUUUCCCUAUACUCAAAAAGAUUGAUCUUCAAAGAGUAAGGCAUAGAACAAUCAUUUAUGUUGGUAAAUUAUUUAAACUUUUUGAUGAUUUGAUCAACGAACGCUUGGAGGAAAAGAGAAGGGGAUCCAACAAAAAGAGUGAUGUUCUAGAAACGCUUCUCAAUAUUUGUGAAGAAAAUUCUCAAGAGAUUGAUCAUAAUCACAUCAAAUCCAUAUUUCUGGAUUUAUUUGGUGCUGCUACGGAUACAACUACAAGUACAGUGGAAUGGGCAAUGGCAGAGAUACUUAAACAACCAGAGAUUAUGAAGAAAGCUCAAGCUGAACUUGAAGAAAUUAUUGGAAAAGAAAAAUUAAUCGAAGAAGUUGAUGUUUCUCGACUCUCUUACUUGCAAUGCAUCAUCAAAGAAACCUUAAGAAUGCAUCCUCCAGCUCCCCUAUUAAUCCCGCGCAGAAUGGAUCAAGAUAUUAAAUUGUGUGAUUAUAUCAUCCCUAGUGGCUCACAGGUAUUAGUCAAUGUAUGGGCAAUUGGUCGAGAUUCUACUCUUUGGAAAAAUCCUUUAGUAUUUAAACCUGAAAGAUUUUGGAAUUCAAGUUUUGACAUGCGAGGACAAGAUUUUGAAUUGAUCCCAUUUGGCGCUGGUCGAAGAAUAUGUCCUGGUUAUCCACUAGCAUUGAGAAUGGUUCCAGUAAUGCUGGGCUCACUCUUAAAUUCGUUCAAUUGGACGCUUGAGGCAGGCUUUGCACCGAAAGAUUUGGACAUGGAGGAGAAGUUUGGUCUCACCUUAGCCAAAGCUCAUCCUUUGCGAGCUAUUCCAUCUCCGCUUUGACAUUGUGUAGUUAAUAAAUAUUUAUCUGUUUAGUAUUUUUAUUGGACCAAGCAUGCAUUCUGGUGUAAGCAAUUAAAGAAUAAGUUGAUAAAUGUGUGAUUGCAAUACAUGCAUAUUUUGAAUUUUG